CAAUGAGUGCGCCCUCUGGCGCGCAGACCGCAAGGCCGUCCAGCGAGUCCGAGUGCACGGCUCGGGUCGUACCUGCCACAACUCAGGUCGCCGCUUCAUCUGGUUCCGUCACUAAAGGAGAUCCUCCAAAGGAGCAUAUCCGAGGGGGUACGAAGGACUUUGGGUUUCUCCCGAUUCCGAAGCAACUUCAGUAUGAUUCGGAGCGGGCUUUCGAAUUUACGACUGUAUUAAAUAUUACGUUUGGAUUUGCGAGUACAUUCACGGUGGCGAAUUUAUAUUACUGCCAGCCCCUUCUCCUCCAGUUGGCCGCCUCGUUCAAUGUGACUCAUGACGAAAUAUCCAAAGUUCCUACACUCGUACAGGCUGGUUAUGCCACUGGACUUCUGCUUCUAUCACCUCUGGGUGACUUAGUCCGCCGACGACCCUUAUUGUUGCUCCUUGUACUUGUAUCCGGCACUCUUAGUAUCGGGCUCGCGACGACGUCCUCCUUCCUCGUAUUCGAGACCCUCUCAUUCAUCGUCGGCGCUUUCACGGUUACGCCGCAGGUUCUCAUUCCCCUUGCUGCGGAUCUUGCCCCAAAAUCUCGGCGUGCUUCGGCAAUCUCCAUCGUUCUUUCUGGUUUACUCUUUGGAGUUCUACUUGCACGAGUGCUAGCAGGAGUCAUUGCAGAGUUCGUAACAUGGCGCGUAGUGUACUAUAUGGCAAUCGGUGUGCAAUUCAUCGUACUCGCAGCACUGUAUCUCCUUCUGCCUGACUGGCCUGCAAAGAAUGCUGGAUCGGGUGUGACUUAUCCAGGCAUCCUAUAUACUAUGGGUAAAUACGCAGUGACGGAACCUGUGCUUAUCCAGGCGGGUAUCAUGCAGUUCUCUGCAAGCGCGUGCUUUACGAACUUCUGGGUUACUCUGACGUUCUUACUUGGUGGGCCGCCAUACCAUUAUUCAACUCUUGACAUUGGUCUGUUUGGUCUUGUUGGAAUGCUCGGGGUGUGCACGGGACCCCUCGUCGGCAGACUAAUCGACCGUCUCGUUCCUUGGUAUGCAACGCUCGUAGGGACGUUUAUCCAGAUUACAUUUCAGGCCGUGCAGACAGGUGCUGGUGGAGUCAACGUCGGAGCGGUCGUCAUUGCGUGUUUUGGUCUCGAUGUAGGGAGACAGAUGCAACAGGUUUCGUUAACUACUGCUGUCUACAAUAUAUCCGAUUCAGCACGAUCACGGAUGAACGCAGUCCUCAUCAUCUGGAUCUUCCUAGGUCAAGUAUCAGGCACAGCAGCUGGUGCUAAAAUCUUUCUAUCGUUUGGCUGGCGUGCAGCCGCUGCGUUCUCGCUUGGUCUUUUUGCUUUCCAGAUUGGUAUACUAUUUCUUAGAGGACCACAUUGCCAGCGAUACACAUGGUUCGGGUACGAAGGCGGGAUUGAGUGGAGGAAAGAUGUUGUCGAGAAGCGGAAGAGACAAGCAGUGGUAGAGAAAACCGAGAGUGAUGAGGGAAAGGAUAUGACGAAGGAGAAGGAUAAGGACGAAAAGAAGCCAGUGGAGGAUUCUGAGUGCGAAAAGAAAGACGAUGAGGUUAUGACAAAAGAGAAUGAUGCAAGUCAAGCUGUCUAGACAACGUUACAAUGUGUUCAUGCAUAGAAUUUAUUCUACUGAAUAAAGGGUGAAAUGAGC